AGAAGAAGUUUGCUCUGCGACACAAAAACAUGUAGCUGCAGCUUCAGUCUCAGGAGAUUUUCUGGAUUUUUCUGCCAGAGAAUAAAAACGGUCCGGACUGAACAGUUUCAGUAUAAACCCCUCCAGCCGUCAGGAUGAAGCUGAUCGUGUCUCUCACUCUCUUCUUGAUGCUCUCCAGCACAGCAGCAGGUCUUAAGUGUCAGACCAGUUCAGGCCUCCAACCGUGUGCCUCCGAUGAUCAGUUGUGUGCAACAAUUGCUGUCACUACAGUAUUAGGUAAUGAGGAGAGUCAGAGCAUCAACCAGACCUGUGUGCUGCCCGCUCUCUGCAGGGUUCCCAGUCACAGAUUUUCAUUGAGUUCUAGUGGGGAGACGGACGCUUUUGCUGUUCAUUGCUGCAACACAGACGGCUGCAACAGUCAAACUGUAUCCUAUCCUGAUGUGACAGAAAACAGCCUGCAGUGUUUCACCUGCUCUGGUACCGUCUGUAAUCAGACAGUUCAGUGUGUGGGAGCAGAGGACCGCUGCUUUCAUCAGUCACAUCACAACAAAACCUUUGUGGACCAUGGCUGUAUGUCUGCAAACUUGUGUGAUGUUCACAACCAGAAGGCGCUCACAAGUGCUUUGUCUGGUGAUGAGCCUGACUCAACCGAUGAGCCUGACACCAUUGCAAUCGAAUGUUGUGCAUCCAGCUUCUGUAACUCGGCCGUCACACUGCCGUCAGUGUGACGGCAGUGUGUCACUGAGUGUUGUUCCUGUGCUGCUUGGUCUCGUUGCCCUUGUCGUCUGUUAGAACCAAGAGUGUAACUGAGCUGAAGUGUUUAACCAACAAAACACAAAAAAGACAGCACUGCUAAAGGUACCUAGUGUGUGAGGUUUUAGCUCCAGCGGCUGCAGAAGACAAACCACAAACUGUCACCAUUUCUCUUUUUACUCUUGCACUCCUCCAUGUAAGGAAGCCAUUACACAGUCAGAUGCAAACACAAAAGCCGUCUAAAACCACCCAGAUGCAGAACAAGUUAGGGCAUUCUCUGAAAUGUGAAUAAAACAGAAUGCAAUCAUUUGCCAAUCCUUAAAUCUACCUUUUUCAUUGUAUUGGAGAUGUUUCUGUUACUGAGCCUACCCUUAUUGAUAUAAAUAUGGUGGACAAAAAGAGAUGAGAGGGGCGUAAACAAAUAUCAGAGAGACGAUGACAACAGUCAGAGUGCAAUUGAGAAGAACUUGUCACACACUCGAAGCCACAAUGCCCAGAAUAGAUUUUUAAAAUGUGUCAAUACCCAGAAGAAGACUGUCACGUACAUUCUCUGCAUUGUGGCUACGACUGUUCAAAUAGUUUUUUCUACAUAUUUGGACAGAAUAAUAGAAUCACCUUUCAGUUUAUUGAUAUGCAAGUCAAAAGCAGUUGAACCACCUCCUUUCUAAAAUAGUCUCAACUAAAACAAAAAAAACUAAAAACCUUCAUGGAGAAAGAGUUCAUGGCAACCAUCCUUAAAAGAGAUAACUUGGGUAUUGAAUGUGUUGAAUAAUGCGUAGAAUGUGUUUUCAUCUCUUAUCGUUGUUCUGUACCUUCCUCUAAAACAGCAGCAUGGAGAUGUGAUUGUAGUUUACUAUAUUCAGAUUAUAAUACGUUUUCAAAAGGUUCUGUAUAAAAAUGAUUAACCCAUCUUUCUUCUGUGUCACAUAAAUAUGUUGCUGUAAUCUGGUUUAUAUAGUAAAAUGUGCUCUGUUCAAACUAUCCUAAUAAAGCUUUUUAUGAU